AUGCCAUCUCGCAACGCUACAUCUUGUCCUAGUCCCAAAAAACUCAAGUACAGGGUUGACAAGGUAGUGAUCACACCAGAGAGAAGAGUGCCAAAGAAGAAGCUUGAGGUUCAUGUCAACGAGACUUCAUCUCCAGAGGCUAUUCUUCACGCUUCCUGGGAGUUUAUCAGUGCAUUUCAGUUCUUCAACACUUUUAAGGCCUACUUUCAUUUACCCAAGAGCCUUUCCAUUGACAAGUUAGAACAAGCCAUGAUGGCAGGCAAGGACGAUAUGCAACAACUUGAGGAUGAAGCAGUAGAGGAAGACCAUACCAUGCAUUUGAAGCGUGAAUCCAGCGUACUGAGCCAACAAAGCAACGCAAGUGGUGCAUCAGCAUCUCAACCUGCGCGCCACUACUUGGCUAAUUUCAUGGUUCACAUUGUAUCGCCCCUGCUGACCCAACGUCAAAAGACAUUGAUCAACACGGACAACUAUGAGCAAUUCAUCGCUGAUGUGUUUCCUGGUUUCACAAAUUUUGCAGAUAUGAGUGUACUGGAUAAAAUCAAGGUGUUGAAGAGCAUUGAAAUGGCUCAUGUGGAGAUUAGUGAUCCUGAACUUAUUUCCUUGCAAAACGGACAAUCUGGUCAAGAGCUGAGAUUCGCUCCAUUAGGCAGUGAUUAUGAGGGCUGGGUAUACUGGUACUUUGGCGAUGAUCGUCUGUACAGGGAGAUUCCUCUUCCCAUAGGCAGAAAGACAAUCACCAUCUCAGAUACAUUGGAAUUCACGUUUGAAUUGGUGUGCUCUACCGUUCAAGAUUGGAGAGACCUUGUUGAAAAGUUCAAGCCCACAAAGCGAACAGCCAACAGAGAGCUAGCUUCUACCAUCACAGCCCUUGCAAAGGAAAUGAUCGCUAAGUUAGAGGCGAGAGAGGAAUAUAGAUUAAGAAAUGAAGCCAAGGUCAAGAGAGCCCGAGAACUGGAAUUGAUGCCCAGAAAGAAAAGUAGAAGAUUAGAAGUCAAGUCUGACGAACAAGCAAAACGACAAAAGGCACUGGACGAAGCUAGAGAACAAGCGGCGUUGGAAGAAAAGGAGCGUCAAAUGAAGGCCAAGGAAGCGAAAUUAGCAGCUGAUAAAGAUCGCAAAGAAUUACAAAUGGAAGAGAUCAAGAUGAGAAAGGACAUGUUUGGCGUGAUCAACGAUUUUGUUUCGCAAGGCUUGGAGACAGAGGCAGACAUGAAGCCACUGAAGGCUCUCAUCAAUUCGAAAACACCAGAAGAUGAGCGCGUCCACAAGAUGAAGGGCUGGAUCAAAUUGUUAGGGGGCACUGUUUCUGUUGAGCUUGUUGGUGAGCCACAGCAAGUUCAGUUUGUAGGUCAAGAUGUGGACACUGCUCUCGAGUCUGUCUUGUUCAAGAACACCAUGAGAAUCUAUCUCGCCACAUUGCUCUUAUUCAAACUAAACCCCAUCACGCUUGCCUAUGAAAACACAGAGGAAGUGCACAAAAAGUUGGUGUUGAAUCGCUAUGACGGUAUGGAUGCAUUUUGUCAGGAACUCAACACGGCUAUCGAAUCCAUCUCGGAUGCUGCUGUGCGUGAGGAUGUUAUUCACAUGUUGAUGACCAUAUUCACACUUGAUCCACCACAGACCGAAGAGGUCCAGGGGGCGGAUACUACCAAGCAAGAUUUAGCAGCUGCUAACUCAGUACCAGAUGUUGUUAUGGAAAUGGAUGCAACUGCCACCACCACUAUAGCAACAGCAUCUACUACUGGCGCAUCUACCCCCUCUCAACCUACACCCGAAGACACUACUGAAUCCCCAACAGCUCUUAAAAUAGCCGACCCUGCCACAUCGCCACCAUUUGAUGCCAUUUCUGCCGACAAGUCUGCUGCUGCCAAAGACAACUCUAUUAAACCACAAUCUCCAUCUCUAGAUCUUCAAGACACCAUCAUCCACCCUACUGCUCCUCUUGCUGCUACUACUACUGACAUGUCAUCAUCUACUGUAUCUGUGCCUGAAUCAGCUUGUUUACCUCAAAUCUAA